AUGUCAGUGGAGUCCGGACCUCUGGAAUCAGCCAUUUGCCUUCUUUGUAAGGACGGCUGCUCUGGUUUGCAGCCGCAUUCUUGGAGAAAAGCAUGCGUGGCGUGUGGCUGCGGCAUCGCCGACCACGCUCACGGCGACCACGGUGACGACGACCGGCGAAUGGGCCGCUUGCUGGCCGACACGCCCUCUGCCCACCUAACGGCCAAGGUGAAAGGGGGCGGCGGCCUCCGUCUCUACAAGAGGAACCGCAUGAUCGUGACCUAUCCCGUGGUGUCGCGCAAGGACCCCACCUUCAGCACCGUCACCUACGAUUGGGCGCCGGCCGGACUCAACCAGAAACUGGCCAAGCAAUACAUGGAGCUGAUCCCCGAGAUCCAGCGACCCGUUUCCGGCACCGGCGGGGCGGCUCUGCGGCGCAGGCGUCUCCUCGUUCAACUCCCCGUCUACGACCGAGACCCUUUGGCGUGCCGGAGCCUGGCCGGCGAAGACGAAAUUUCCGCCAUGCUGCUCUUUGUCAAGCACUACAAAACAGAGGCGCUGGGCGUGGGCGAGGUGGCGCUGCCCGCCGACGGCCGAGCCCUGGCCGACGGCGAGGGGGGCAUCGUAGAUGGCGAGGAGAACAACCCUCAAUAUCGGUGCUCUGGUUGCGGCGGCGAGGCGUCGGCAGAGGACCCGGCGGUUUUCGCCCAGCGCGCCGGUUACGCCGACGCCAUGUGGCAUCCGGCCUGUUUCGUUUGCGCCGACUGCGGCCAGGGAUUGGUGGACCUGGUCUACUUCUGGACCGAUGGGAAGCUGCUGUGCGGACGCCAUUACUGCCAGAGCGUCUGGCCGCGCUGUUGCGGUUGCGACGAGCUGAUCUUCAGUGACUCUUUCCACACGCAAGAUGGCCACGCGUGGCAUCAUCAACACUACUGCUGCUGGAAGUGCGGGCAAAGCUUGGACACGCCUUGCCACCAUUGA